AUGGAGCUGCUACGAGCAGCUCCACGGUGGAACGCUUGGGGUCGGAAUGGAGAAAGACCCAUUCCGAACGGACACCAGCUGGAUCCCGGGCAGCGACUCAUCAUUCUCGAUGAUGACAAGUGCUCGCUUGACUUGGUUCGUGCGCAAAGCGACGAGCGGGCCCAACUUCCAAAUUGGAAACUGAACGAGUGGAUGAGAUGGGGAUGA